AUGCAAUUACAGAAUAUAUUACUAGCUACCUCGCUAGUGUCUGGACUCUCUCUCGCUGCAGACUCGUCGUCAAGCAUAGGUGGUGGUUACGCUCCAUCAAAAAUUUCUUGUCCCGAUGAUGGCGCUUCUUUAGUGAGAAAUGCCUCUGGUUUGUCUACUGAUGAAACCGAAUGGUUGAAGAAAAGAGACGUAUACACCAAGGAGGCCUUACAUUCUUUCUUGGAUAGGGCCACUUCCAACUUCAGUGACAAUUCGUUGCUCUCCACUCUUUUCGGUAGUAAUUCCUCCAAUGUACCCAAGAUUGGUAUUGCAUGUUCAGGUGGUGGUUACCGUGCCAUGUUAGGUGGUGCUGGUAUGAUUGCUGCUAUGGACAACCGUACUGACGGUGCCAACGAGCACGGUCUUGGCGGGUUAUUACAAAGUGCCACUUACCUGUCAGGUCUAUCUGGUGGAAACUGGUUAACGGGUACUUUGGCCUGGAAUAACUGGACCUCUGUGCAGGAAAUUUUAGAUCAUAUAAGCGAAAGCGAUUCUAUUUGGAAUAUCACGAAAUCCAUCGUGAAUCCAGGUGGCUCUAACAUAACCUACACCAUUGAAAGGUGGGAAUCCAUUGCGCAAGAGGUACAGGCCAAGUCUGACGCUGGCUUUAACAUUUCUUUGUCAGAUUUGUGGGGCCGUGCUCUUUCUUACAACUUCUUCCCAAGCUUACCAAAUUCUGGUUCUGCCUUGACUUGGUCUUCUUUGAGGGAUAUCGACGUGUUCAAGAACGGUGAAAUGCCUUUACCAAUUACUGUUGCAGAUGGUAGAUACCCAGGCACCACCGUGAUAAACUUGAAUGCCACUCUUUUCGAAUUUACUCCAUUCGAAAUGGGUUCUUGGGAUCCUUCCUUGAACGCGUUUACCGAUGUUAAGUAUCUAGGUACUAAAGUUUCUAAUGGUAAGCCAGUUAACAAGGAUCAAUGUGUCUCCGGUUACGAUAAUGCUGGGUUUAUUAUUGCUACUUCUGCCAGUUUGUUCAACGAAUUUUCCUUGGAAGCUUCUACUUCAACAUACUAUACAAUAAUCAACAAUUUUGCUAACAGGUACGUCAACAAUUUAUCUCAAAGUGAUGAUGAUAUUGCUAUUUACGCACCAAAUCCAUUCAAGGACACUAAUUUUGUUGACCGUAAUUACACUUCCAGUAUUGUCGAUGCCGAUGAUUUGUUUUUAGUUGACGGUGGAGAAGAUGGUCAAAACUUGCCAUUAGUCCCACUAAUCAAGAAGGAACGUGACUUGGAUGUGGUCUUUGCUUUAGAUAUCUCAGACAAUACGGAUGAUAUGUGGCCAAGUGGCGUCUGUAUGACUUACACCUAUGAGCGCCAAUAUUCUAAACAAGGUAAGGGAAUGGCUUUUCCAUACGUUCCAGAUGUGAAUACUUUUGUUAACUUGGGUCUAACUGACAAGCCAACUUUCUUUGGUUGUGACGCACAAAAUUUAACGGACCUGGAGUACGUGCCACCUUUGGUCGUCUAUAUUCCUAACUCAAAACAUUCGUUUAAUGGUAACACGAGUACCCUGAAAAUGAACUACAACAUCACUGAGCGUCUUGGAAUGAUCAGAAACGGUUUUGAAGCUGCGACGAUGGGUAACUUUACCGACGACUCUGAAUUCUUGGGCUGUAUCGGUUGUGCUAUCAUUAGACGUAAGCAAGAAAGCUUGAAUGCUACCCUGCCAUCUGAAUGUACUAAAUGUUUUGCCGACUAUUGUUGGAAUGGCGAACUAAGCACAUCGACGAGUCCUGAAUUAUCCGGGAACAGUACAUAUGAAAACGGUGCAAUUGCAUCUGCGAUCUCUGAAGCUACUGAUGGUAUCCCUAUAACUGCUCUUUUAGGCUCCUCAAGUUCUGGGAACACCACUUCGAACUCAACAUCUGUUUCCUCUUCGAAUUCAGCAAAUUCAUUAAAUACCCUCUCGAGCUCAAACUCUUCAUCCUCCUCCUCCUCCUCCUCCUCAGUAGCUUCCUCUCAUGCCUCAACAGCAAGCAAAGCGAAUGGCGCCGCUAUUUCUUACGCAAACACUAGUACUCUAAUGAGUUUGUUGGGUGCUAUUACAGCUGUUUUUGGGUUGAUUUAG